AGGUUCAGCUCGCGGUGCGAUACUUCUUCUCUGCAAACAAUUGGAUUUUGUCGCCUCUUACGAAUAAGACGAACGGCCGCACCAUGAGGCACCUGCCGUGGAUCUCGCUGUGCUUCCAAGUGCUCUUGGUGGCCUCGUUGCUCUCCGCGAGCCUGUCCGCGUCGACGAGGUCCCGCGGCAAGAAGAAGGUCGGCAAGGAGACGAAGGAAGUGAACAUCUGCAACAUGGUCGACCAAAACAUGCCGAUCGUCUGCCUCUGCGACGGCUAUCCGGCGAAGAACGCGACCGCCGCGAAGUGCAUGAUCCUGAAGCCGAUGAAUCUGACCGACCCGACCUGGGAUUAUUUCACCUCGCAGAUCUAUCUGCAGGAGCUUACGUUCAUCGUGCAGACGGUGAACAGCUUGGAGUACAUACCCACGCAGCUGUUACGCCAGCUGAAGAAUCUGCAGAAGAUCGCGUUCCUUUACGCGAAGAUCGACCAGCUCGCCGAAUACGCGUUCUCGAAUCUCUCGACGAUCACGGAGAUCAAGGUGAACCGGAGCUCCAUAGCGGCGCUCGGCAGCCACGCGUUCGAGAACAUGAAGAACCUGUCGGUGAUCAAUCUGAACGAGAACCGUAUCGCCGAGAUCAACAGGGACACGUUCGUGAAUCUGCCCUCGAUGAAGAGCCUGUACCUCUGCCACAACAACAUCAGCACCCUCCACGACAAAGCGUUCAUGCACCUGACCUCGCUCGAGGUGCUCGAACUGAACGACAACCAGAUCAGCGUGAUCACCAAGGACAGCUUCCACGGUCUGAGAAGCUUGACCAAGCUGGACCUGCGGAACAAUCUGAUCGCGAUGAUCGGCGCCAGCACCUUCAUCGAGAUGUCCGCGUUGCGCGAGCUCCGACUGGACUCGAACAGGAUCAAGUACAUCAUGGGAAAGGCGCUCGACGGUUUAAGGAACCUGCAGAAGCUCAGCCUGAACGACAACAGGCUCACCAGCCUGGAGCCGGACUUCCUCGCCGGAGCGCCUAGUCUUUACUUCCUGGACCUCAGGGACAACCUGCUGAAGACAAUCACCUUCGACAACAUCAAGCCCAUCGCGUCCAACUUGUACAACAGCUCCAGUCACUUCUACAUCACCG